GGUUAAAGGGGAACUCCAGUAAAAAUCACUUUUUUCUUUUUUGUUUUAUACGUACUCAGAAAAGCAUAAGAAAUCAAAAAAAACUUACUUCACUUGUUUUCCUUAUUUAAAAUCGUUGUACUAGCCUUCGCAUAUUCAAUUUUUUUCUUAUAAAAAAACAGACAGGCGCGAUUUCAUUUAGGACUGGACCCGAUUAUAAACAAUGACAUCACAUCGUGCAGAAAGUUUAAGCGAGCGCAGAGAACGUUCAUGUUAAGACCUCUGGCUUACAUUUAAAUCGCUUUUUGUAUGUAAAUUACGUUUAAAUCUUAAAAAAAUGGUUAGUUGCUCUGCGUUUGGAUGUACCAAUCGAUCAGAAAAGUGUAAAGAAGUCAGUUUUCACAGAAUCCCGUCUGUGAAAAAGAAAGAACUCAGACAAAAAUGGCUAAACAAAAUACGUCGUACAGGUGAUCUACCAAGCGAUCGAAGUUUUUAUAUUUGUUCGUCGCACUUCACAGAUAGUUCUUUUAAAAGGGAUCUCCAGGUAAUAAUCUUCCAUAUUAAAAUAUUGCCACUUCGUAAAAAUGCCAUUUUAGCUAGUCAACGCGAUCAAAGUUUCUCAUUUCUUCUUCAUUUCAUUAUUUGUACUUAUAUCCACAACACAACCAAAUAACGUUUUCUACAUAUUUAUAUUAUAAAAGAACAUUAUACCAAUUUCCAAUACAAAGUUAUCUAGUUAGACAUGUAUCUUUCGUAGCGCUCGUAAGUUUCUAUUCUUUGUUUUUCAAAAAAGAAGCUUUUUGAUGGAAGGACCUGCCGAAUAUUUUCAGGGGGUAAAUGUGCCCAUUUUAUUAGCAUCAUUUCAUCGGCGCUACUUCUAAUCUUUGUUUAUUUAGGCUGAACUUACUGGUAUCAAAAGAAAGAGACAGCUGACCGAGGAUGCUGUUCCAACAAUUUUUUCUUUUAGUAAGCCUGAAAAUUCAAGAGAAUCGACAUCAAAAAGAUUGGAAACUUUCGCUAAAAAACAAUGUGUUGCAAAGGCUUUAAGUGUGGAGGAUGAUGUUGACCUUGAAGUAUACGCUGAACAAGAAAUAAUUUCAUUGGUUAAGGAACAAGGCGUUAGUGCAAUUGUGGAAACGGUAGAGAAAUCGGUUGGUGCCAAUACUUUUACCAGGUCCGUUAGAACACAAUGUGAUCCCUUAGAGGCAAUUCAUCCUGAGAUACAACCAACGAAGGAUGUUUUAAAAGUGAAAUUUACUCUUCCGCACGGACGAUGUAAGUCUACUAACACCGACCUAUCCUUUCCUCCGCAAGCUGACGUGACAUUCUUGCUGAAUGCAAAUAUGGAAAGUGAUCAUGAUAUCGUCUCUGGUGAUGAGUGCCCUUCUGAUGAUUCUUUAUACUCACCGCAAUUACAAAUUCACAUCGACGACAGUUAUGAUGAAAAUAUCAGCGAAGAAGAGUCUUUUGACACUGCUGAAUGUAACCCAGGGCUCAAAAGCGACGCACAAUUUCUUGUUUUCUGGUCUUGUCUGUUGACAUUAUUUCAAGUUUGUUUCACGUGUUUACAAAAAACGUGCAUUACUCGUGUGGUAAAACGUGGAACUCUUAUCAUUGUUACUAGUAUUUGUCCAAAUAAACAUGUUUUCAGCUGGCAGUCUCAACCUAUCGUAAAUGGAAGAGCAGCAGGGAACUUAUUACUUUCUGCAGCCAUAUUGUAUUCCGGAAACACAUACGCCCGCAUUGCCGAAAUGAUGAGUAUUUUGAGGCUUCAGUUUAUCUCUAAGUCCACCUUCUAUGAUAUUCAAAGGUCCGUUCUUUUUCCAAAAUUAAACACUUUUUAUAAAAAAUAUCGAAAUAACAUUUAUUCUGAGUGCGCUGCGAAAGAAGGGAAUUUGAUUGGUGAUGGGCGAAGUGACUCUCCAGGUUACAGUGCAAAGUAUGGUACGUACACUCUAAUGAGCGUAGACAUCAAUAAAAUCAUCGACUUUCAAGUUGUUCAUGUUAGAACUGCAGGGAAUUCUAGUCGAAUGGAGAAGUGGGGAUUAGUAACGCUACUAAAUAAGCUGCGUGACCACAAAGUGACAGUUUCAGCAUUAACAACAGAUCGCCAUGUUCAAAUCCGCGCAUUCAUGAAGAAAGAACAUCCUGAGAUAAACCACCAGUUCGACGUUUGGCACUUUGGAAAAAGCUUGAAAAAAAGCUUGACUGCUGCUGCGAAGCGCAAAGAAUGUCUUGAGCUGAUACCUUGGAUCAAAUCCAUUAUAAAUCAUUUAUGGUGGUGCUGCGCUUCAUGCGACAAAAAUGAAAACGUUUUACGUGAAAGGUGGCUUAGCAUUCUUUAUCAUAUUCGUGGAAUCCACUCUUGGCAAGGCAAUGAAUAUUUCCAUGAAUGUGCGCACCCCACAUUAGACCAGCAACGCAAAUGGUUAAAGUUGAAUUCACCUGCAUAUGAAGCAAUGGAGACUAUUGUGCAAAAUAAAAAAACUCUUGCCGACAUGAACUAUUUGGCGCACUUUUGCCAUACGGGAAGCCUAGAGGUAUUCCAUUCUUUGCUUACCAAAUAUUGCCCGAAACGUAUUCAUUUCAGCAUGGAAGGUAUGAUCGCGCGCACGCAGCUGGCUGUCCUUGAUUUUAACUCGGGGACUAAUUGUGAACAGGCUGUUACCAAAAAAGGAGUACUCCGCUAUAAACAAGUCUUUUCACGAGUAACACAAUCCUGGGUCGUAAAAAAAAUUACCGAGAAGAAAGAAAAGGCGUAUUUAGCAGAAUUAAUGACGGCUACUUUGGAACCAAUCGACAACGAAAAAGAUAAGUUACCACAAACAGGAGAAAUUGCUGAAAGAAUAACAGAGGUUGAAAAACCCGACAAAAGCGAUGCCAUUAAAGCCAUCAGGACAAGAUUUAAAACGUGA